CGGUACUGUACUACAGGCAUUUCGAUAUUGUUAUAUUUUUGACUUAGCUAUCAGGCAAAAUAUAAUAUAUCUGACUCAAGGCAGCUUAAAUUGAUGUCUAAUGUUUCAUUAGUAAAAAUGACGUAGCUUUUAUUUAUCAUUUGAUAUUUUUUCCAUUUUAUAGAAAAAAAAUUUUUUUAUAUGGUUUCAGAGGAUAUAGUUUUUACUGUUUUUUAAAAUUACCGCACAAAUUUUGCAGUUCAGGCAACCAUUAAUUCAAAUUCCAAGCAAAACAAAUUUCGAGAUGUAUAACUGGUUGCCUAUGGCCGGGAAUCGCAUAAUAAAUUUCUAAUUAAAUAUUUCCCCAAAAAUUUUACGAACAUAGAUUUUCAAAUUUUUAAUAAGAAAACAUUUUUGAUCCUCUGAUUGAUAUUAUAAUGCAAUGACAACAUGCCCAUACGAAUUUUCGAUACGAAUUAAAAAAAAUAUCGAGAAUGUCGUGGGUGUUAAUACCUAGUUGAAAUAAAAUCUCAGGGACAAAUUGCGUUAUCCUGUCACCUAUUUGCUUGCUUGUUGUUGGAUGCUGUAUAUAACAAGACCACUCCAGUGAAAUGUGAAAUGUGCUCGACGUUCAGCUUAUUAAAUUUUAUUAUUAAAUAAUGCCAAUUGGCUAUUAAUAAAAUGAACGUUAACCUCGCUUCCAGUAAUAAAACCAGUUGACUUCCAUUCGCUGAAUAAGUUUCCAGAUAAGCGUUCUGUGAAAAGUGCCUGCCGAACGGAUUUGUUUAUUUUGAUUACUCAACGGUUUAUGUUUGUGCGGAGCAAAAAAUGCCUGCACCUUCAGUUCCAACCAUUGUCGAGCCUGACCCGGAAUGUCGUAGCGUUACAGACAGUGUGGGUUCCCAUUCCGAUGUUUCGGCGCACACGUUGCAAUCUAGCAGCACCAUGAUCAAACCUCACAUGGAAGUUGUUUGUAUUAUUGAUAUUUGCCAGUCAGAACAUUUGCCGCACAGGAAGAAGGCAUUUGAAGAGGUAAAACUAGCUUGCCUUCAAGUUGGUGCCUCCCUAAGUCAUAUACAGUUUGAGAAGCUCGAUUUCGGAGAAGCAAAUGUUGUUAGCAGCUUUUACAAUGCAGAUGUUGUUAUUAUAGAUAUAUCUCUACCAACUCAGCAAAGCACUUUAGUGUACCAUUUAGGGGUACGUGAGAGUUUCAAUAUGAAACAGAACAUUCUUAUUUAUAAUGAUGUUGAUUCUGAGGUUACAUUGAGGUUGAAGUUAUCAUGCGCUAAUUAUAAUUUUAUAUCUUAUAUGUUAUCUGAUACUUCUUGUGUAACCACGUGUCCCAGUGAAAGAGGAGAUGAACCCAAUGAAUUGCUGCACCAAAGACUGAGGAAAUCCUUGCAAGAUGUUGAGGUUCAAAGCAAGGCGCACAUGAAGGAGAAAUUUCUAAUUGAUCUUAGAAAAGUAAACGAGCAAAAAUCAGGUCAAGAGCGGAAAGAGGCGCUUCAAAAAAUUGUCAAGCGCUUAGAUGACCCGAACGUUCUCUCCGGUGAAGUUAUUCUAAAUAUCUUGCUGAGUUUUCGGGAUAUACAGGGUUACGAGUCUAUGAUUCACCUGGUGGAGGAAUUAAAAACCGUACCGGCAGCUAGAAAGUAUUUAAACUCGUAUAUUAUAUUUUUAUACGCGUUUGCUUUAAAUCGGCGUAAAAACGACGGCGAUAGGGAGAAGGCCCUACAGGUCUGCAUCGAAGCUUUAAAGAAGAAGGAGAAUCAUUUUCCCGAUAUGCUGUGCCUAUGUGGCAGGAUUUACAAGGAUAAAUUUACGGAGUCUAACCAUACCGAUAAAGAAAGUUUGAACCAAGCGAUUUAUUGGUACAAGAAGGGGUUUGAAGUGCAGCCAAACGAAUAUGCUGGAAUUAACUUGGCCACCCUCCUGGUGAUAAACGGGGAGGAGCUGAAUAAGUCGACCGACUUGCAGCACAUAGCAAUAGUCUUAAACAGUUUGAUCGGUAAAAAAGGAAGCCUUUCCUCUUUGAAAGAUUACUGGGACGUGGCGACGUUUUUCGAAAUCUCCGUCUUGGCGCAGAAUUACUCCAACGCCAUUCAGGCAGCGGAGUUUAUGUUUCGUCUGAAACCGCCCGACUGGUACCUAAAAUCGACCAUAGGUAACAUACAGUUGAUUGACAAGUUCCGAAAGAAGAAGGAAGAGGACAUAACCGCGGAGGAGCAGAUCUUUUAUUUUUGGAUGGAGUUUUUCAUCGAGGCAACUAAAACACCUGCGGAUGGAACGUUUAGGUUUCCCGUGUUGAUACUAGAACCCAGUAAGGAGUACAUGCCGAGCUAUGUUUGGAUUAAUUUGGGUGCUGAGCCUCAAACUUUGCAGGUAACCAAUCAGUGCCUGAAGAGAAUAAAAAACGAGUGCACUGAAAUUCACGAUUGGGAAUUUACAGCGGACGAUAUCAGGAGUUUCAGCCUGAACAUACAAGACGAGCGGAGCUUGUUUUUGUACGUCCUGGCCAACUCGGACGAUUUUCACAUAUAUUUCCCUUCGGAGGCUUGCAGGGAUGUCUUUUACAAACUCCUGAUCGAACUCACCAACUACCAAGAGAGGCCGUUGGAGCCGGAGCUGCCUCGCGAAAUCCGCUACGAAUACGAAAGGGACGAGCAAAACAAAAAGAAAGUACUCGGCAAGGGCACGUACGGCGUAGUCUACGCCGCCCUCGACCUGAACAAACAGGUCCGGAUAGCCGUGAAGGAGGUACCGGAAAAGAAUCUGGGCGCCGUGCAACCGUUGCACGAGGAAAUUCGGGUGCAUUCCCAGUUACGCCAUCGGAACAUUGUGCAGUACCUCGGAUCCCUUUCGGAAGAAGGCUACUUCAAGAUUUUCAUGGAGCAAGUACCCGGUGGUUCGUUGAGCGCGCUGCUCAGAUCGAAGUGGGGUUCGCUCCAGAAAAACGAGCACACGAUGGCUUCGUACACGAAACAGAUUUUGGAGGGACUCAAGUACCUCCACGAUCAUAAGAUCGUGCAUAGGGAUAUCAAAGGCGAUAACGUUUUGGUCAACACUUAUAGCGGGGUUGUGAAGAUUUCGGAUUUCGGCACCUCGAAGCGGCUGAUUGGGAUCUGCCCCAGCAUGAAGACCUUCACCGGUACCAUACAGUAUAUGGCGCCGGAGGUAAUCGAUAGGGGUCAGAGAGGGUACGGGGCACCGGCCGACAUUUGGUCUUUGGGGUGCACGGUGGUGGAAAUGGCCACCGGGAAACCUCCCUUUAUCGAGUUGGGGUCUACGCAAGCGGCUCUAUUCAAAAUCGGGUAUUACAAGGCGCACCCGGACAUACCCGAGUUGUCGGAUAAGGCGACCAACUUCAUUUUGAAGUGCUUCGAGCAAAACCCCGACUCCAGGGCGACGGCCGCGCAGCUCCUCGAAGAUCCGUUUCUGGGGCCGGAAAGGAAAAAGUCAGUCCGCUUGAACGCCGAAUUCAACAGGAGCGUAUCAGUUCCGGUGGACAAGGUGGGGCCCAGGCCGGCAGGGGGCCACGCGAGCGCUCCCAAUCAGACCCCCACGACCCCCGAAUCGGACCUAGCGUCGACGCCUUCCCUAGACUGCAGCGACCCGAGUCUGGAGCACGGAACGGAGCGACGCAACUCUUCCGGGACACUUCUGUCGCCGGAAGCGGACGUCGGCACCGAGAACGACGGCUUCUAUUUGCUAAAAAAAGACUCCCAGAGACGUACGACGUUGGCCAAGGUGCUGGCCAACGACGGUAACAAAAUCUGCGAUCUCUGGAUGCAGAAGGUGCGCGACAAGUACCUGGGCGAGACCGUGCUCACCCAUAAGCAUCUGCAGAGGUUGAUGGACGGCCUGAAGUCGUAUAUAAUCGAGCCCGCGAUGAGCGUGGUCGAAUCUACUGUGAAACAGUUGAAGGAGGAGCUGGACUACGACUGCGCGGCCAUUCACCAGUUGCAGUUCGCGAUAUACUUGUAUCAGGAAUCUGUAAACGAAGUUCUACGACUACACCCGAUCAAGCCCCAUUGGAUGUUCGCGCUUGACAAUUUGGUGAGGUCAGGGGUUCAGGCUGCCAUUACGGUGCUGUCGCCCGAGUUGGGCGAAAACCUGGCCACUCAGAGUUCGCCUAGCACGGUGGACACGUCAAAGUCGUCGAGCAAAACUAGCGGCAGCUUCGAAAUGGCCGAUCCUUCGUUGAUACACCUGAAACGGGAGAAUACGAGACUGUUCCAAGAGUGUCUGGAAGCCAUGAAGCAGUACCAGAUAUUGCUGAAGGAGGUGCUGGAAACGCAAAGGCAGCACAUCGGUUUUCUUAGGACCCUUCAGCCGGCCCACGAAGAGAUGGAAGAAGACGCGAGACUAGCGAAUUGGCUCAAGGGGCUGGGACUGAGCGAAUCGUCGCAAAAACGGUUCGUUUCGCAGGGUUACACCCUCGAGGAGGUGUUGCAGGACAUCACGAGGGACGACCUGAGGAGUGUGGGUCUAGUGGGGGCGUACGAGUUUCGAAUAUGGCGGGCGAUUCAGCAGUUUCGUGGUAAGGGCGGGGACAAGUUGCUCAACGGCGAUUUCGACCACAGGGAAACCAUUUAGAUUGAGAAGCGUAAAAUUUUGUCGUUUUUCGUUAAGCCAGUGCCUUAAGUUUAUUGUUUUCCAAGUAACAUCCGAAGUAUUAACGAAUUAAUUUAAUAACAGAGAAAGAAAAAAGUAUAUUUUUUUUAUGCGAAUGGCGUUAGUUCGAGCAAUCGUGCUUUUUAAUUUUAUAUUUUUGCCGGUUUAAGAAGAAUUAACCCGGAUCGACUGUGAUUUUUUAAUUUUUUUUUCUUUUUGAAACUCGAGGGAAAAUUGUUUUACGUUGUUGAAUAUUGGAGGGGGCGGUCGAGCGUUUGCCGCCCCCUUAGCGCAGAAGGAAUUUUAGCUUUUGUUUUAAUUUAACAAAACUAUCAGUUACUUUUAAUAAAAGAAUUUAUGGAGGAGUACAAACGCGUGAAUGCGGUUAUGAUUUUUGUCUUACAAGAAGCGUCACAUUUAUUUUGUUUUAAUUUUUUAUGUAUUAUUUAAUGAAAUUGAUGUAUAUACAUAUCGAUUGACUAAUAAAAACUAAUUGUUA